AUGGGCGUGAACAGGCUCAAAUUACGCCUUUGCACGUGCAUACUCGGCGCGGGGAGCGAAGGUCUACGUGGGCGAGUUCCAAUCCGGUGCGCUCUCUACCCGGACAAUACGCAGCCCCCUGCCGUAGCUUCCUUCUGUACCGACACGAGCAGCACCGUCUGCCACGAAGACGACAUCUAUCCCGUUUUCGGUACAACACCUAGUGCGAACGGAGCGCAGAACGCACUUACGCGAGAGGUGCAGCAGAGGUACGCGCAAUGGCUCUUGAACGGCGUGCCAGGAGGGGACUGGAGGGGGGUUCAGGGGAACGAUGUCAGCGCAAGGAUCCUAGGAGGCCCACAGGAUGCCGGGGUUGUUGCCGCUGGCGCGUGUGAUCCAGCGUUUUGGGGACAAAGCGUAAACUUCGAUUAUCAGGUUUUUACUUCGUGA